AACUCCGGUCGGGUGCAGAGGACCAGGGUGCAAGGCGCGACUACAGGGAGAAACCAGUGCGGCUGCGCCCAGGGGUGUCCUUGCUGUUUAAUUGGCCGACAGCGACUUCCCACUUCAGGAAUCUGCGGAAACCGCUCCAGCUGCAGGGAGGCCCGAGUGCGGCCCGGGCCCAGGAUGGCGAGAGAGGCGGGGGAGAGCGCGGCCCUGGACGACCCGUCGGCCGAGGCCCUCACGGGGAUCCUGGCGGUGAAGGUGGAGGACGGCGAGGCCCCAGGGGCCGAGCGCUCCCGCCAGCGCUUCCGCGGCUUCCGCUACCCCGCAGCCGGGGGCCCCCGAUGGGCGCUGAGCCGGCUCCGCGAGCUCUGCUGGCUGUGGCUGCGGCCUGAGGUGCACAGCAAGGAGCAGAUGCUGGAGCUGCUGGUGCUGGAGCAGUUCCUGAGCAUCCUGCCCGCGGAGCUGCAGGCCCAGGUGCGGGAGCAGCACCCGCAGAGUGGGGAGGAGGCCGUGUUGCUGUUGGAGUACCUGCAGAGGCAGCUGGAGGAGCCUGUGUCACAGGUCCCAGGUGGUGACCAGGGGCAACUGCUCUGUUGCAAGAUGGCAGUGUUGACACCAGCCCUGAGGUCACAAAGUAGCCAGUUCCAGCCGAUGAAGGUUCUGCUCAAGCAUGAAUCCGUGGGAUCCCAGCCCUUACCAAACAGAGCUCUGCAGGUUCCUGGGCUUGCCCUGGGAGGGGGCUGCAUAGAAGACACAGUGGUGGCUGCCAGGCUCACCCCAGAGUCCCAGGGGCUGCUGAAAAUGGAAGCUGUGGCCCUGAGUGUCUCCCCUGGAGGGACAGCGGUGGAGUCACCUCGGGUGGACCUGUGUGGAGAUGAAAGGCAGGACAACUGUAGCGCUCUGACCUCCCUGGGUGGUGAAAUGCAGAUGAAGAUCCGAGACUUGCCGCUAGGUGAGGAGCACCCGGGACAGGAGCCCGGGAAGACGCUGGGCCACGUGGGUGAAGCCAUUGCCCAGUCAGCUACAUGUGCAGGGGUCGGUGAACAGGAGGGCCGGUUACAAAGAAAGCAGAACAGUGGCAGUGGAAGGAGGCGGCACAUUUGCCAUGAAUGUGGAAAGAGCUUUGCUCAGAGUUCAGGCCUGACAAAGCACAGGAGAAUCCACACUGGAGAGAAACCGUACGAGUGUGAAGACUGCGGCAAGUCCUUCAUCGGGAGCUCAGCCCUUGUCAUUCACGAGAGAGUCCACACUGGUGAGAAACCCUAUGUGUGUGAAGAAUGUGGCAAGGUCUUCAGUCACAGCUCAAACCUUAUCAAGCACCAGAGAACACACACUGGGGAGAAGCCCUAUGAGUGUGAUGAGUGUGGGAAGACCUUUAGCCAGAGCUGCAGCCUCCUUGAACAUCACAGAAUCCACACCGGGGAGAAGCCAUACCAGUGCAGCAUAUGUGGGAAAGCUUUUAGGCGGAAUUCACAUCUCCUGAGACAUCAGAGGGUCCAUAGCGGUAGAAAUGUUCAGGAUCCUGAGUGUGGGGAGAGUUGGGAGAGUCCCGGGAAGGUGGAGAGCCAGGAGGGGGAUGUCGAGGCUCCCGUGUCUUAUAAAUGUAAUGAGUGUGAGAGAAGUUUCACGAGGAGCAGAAGCCUUGUUGAGCACCAGAAAAUCCACACUGGUGAGAAGCCCCAUGAGUGCGAUGCAUGUGGAAAAGGCUUCACCCGGACGUCAUACCUCGUUCAACAUCAGAGAAGCCACAUUGUGAAAAAAAUUCUGUCCCGGUGACCCAUGUCUGAGGGGGCAAAGUUGGUGCUCUUUCCUCGUUAGACUGAAGCUGCCCUGGAGCCCCCCUAACCACAGGCACCAGGCGGUGUUCAACCUUUCACGUUCCAGAGGGUGACUGGGAAAGGAAUUGUUUGAUAGGAGGCUCUGGGUCGCUGUCUGGAGGAGGUUGGACUCGGGAUGGUUGCUCUAACCUGCUGUGCUUCAGCGGCUUCCAAUCUGGCUCAUCCCCUUCGCCACCACUUUAUGACAUUCCUGGGUCGGUGGCUGUGACUGGGGCUGCUGCUCUGCCUCCUUGUUCUGCCCAUGUUGGAUCCUUCACCAGUGCAUGGGGUGAUGCUGUCUUAUCCCCCACGGCGCCUUGCGUAUAGGUGCUACACAUGAAAUGACCUUCGUUUCGCUGAAAAUCUCUUUUCUUGAAUUCUCAGGCCAUCUAUGUUUGUGUCUAGUUCUGUGAGGUUUUAGGGUCAGAGGUGAAUCUACUGUAUCUAUUGCCAAGUACAUAGGAUUGUCAGAAUUGGGAUGGAGGAGUCCAUAUAUCUUCAUCAGCAUAUUCUUCACUUAUAGUAAGAAUGCUUUGAACAGCUUCUUUGUCAUUAAGACAUUGUGAGACGUCUCCGUCCACACAACUCCAUUCUUUAGUCAAUGUCAAUUAUGUGAGUUCACAUGAAUUUUGCUACUC